AUGGCACCUGCUCGUGCUGCUGCUGCCUGUGGCUUGGACACCCGCCAGUCCCUCUGCAGCUGCCGCUGCUGCCGCGACUCCCCCUCCCGCUGCUGCUGCUGCUGCUGCAGCCGCUGCCGCCGAAAAGGGAGUAAAUUAGAAGGUGGGUCCGCCCCCCCUGUUGCUGCUGCUGCAGCUUCCCCAGCUGCAGUACAAAGUCGUACAGCGGCAGCAACUAGCUGCUGCCCGGGUGGGGGAGGGCAAAUCAGGAAAGGGAAAAAGGCAAAGGCGUCUGCACCUUGUGCUUCUCGUGCUGCUGCUUCUGCUGCUGCUGCUUCUGCUGCUGCUGCUUCUGCUGCUGCUGCAGUAUCCCCAUACUGUGGCAGCCAAAUGAUGAAUGAGGAGGGAAGAGGUUUUGCAGAUUCCGUUGCUGGGGGCGGCGCCGUCACCGUGGUGCUAGCCCACCCACUGCUGGUGCAGCAGCAGUUGCUGCUAUAUCUCGCGCCACUGAGAUCUAGGCAAAAUCAAGUGGGGGGAAGACAAAAAAUUGAGUAG